UGUUCUAUUGCAGCGUUACAGAAAGUGAUUCACCCUUGCAUCUGGUGAGAACUGGUACUGCAACUUCUAAAUUCAUUAUUGGAUUUAUCUUUAUUAAGGAUUGAAAUAAGUUAGGAACUGAACAUCUCCCAGAAAUGGUAUUUUAUUCAAUGUAUUUUUUCAUCAUCACUUUGAAGGCAAUGAUAGAAGGCGGCGUGUGGAUCCAGUGCCAUUAAGAUUUCUUUAAACUGCAGUGGAAUCAGUGCAAUCCGAGGCUGUGCGGAGGAAUUGCAGUGGGCCCAGUGAUCUCACAGUGCGUGUUUGUGCACGAAUAGCAAUUGGGUUCCUUUGAGUGAUGCCUGAACAGAAAUAGAAGAUGGUAAAUUGACAGGAGGGUGCGAGGGGAAAGCAGAAGGUGCCGGGCUGCGUGAAGGAUUUGGAAUAAAUUGUUUUCUGCUGCUGGCAGAUACCAGAUAAAAAAGAAUUUGGUUUCCUAGCAACAGCAGCUGAUUUCCCAUAAUGAGUCUGUCCGUCUACUGACAUCUCUUAUUUCUCCCGCAGAACCUGAGAUUUUUUUUCUCCAGUGUUUCAGGGUUGGCUGUACCCCCUACAAGUCCGGCAGCCACCUGGGCCCCCCUUUUACCUCACUCGUAUGGCUUGAGCAGUCCUGCUGGCAAACCGGAUAGAGGGAAGGAGCAGAAGGGGAGAGGCGGUGGACGAGGAAGCUUCAGAAAGAGAGAGAGUGGGAAGAGAUUGGGGAAACCCUAAGGAAAAGGCAAGUGAGGGUGGCAUCUGGCCUUGGAUUCGAUGAGUAAGGACUGGCAGAGAGACAACUGGGGUGCCUUGAGUGUGAGAAGAAAGGGAGCUGACAGUAGAGAUGAGAUAGGGGGUGACAGCAGAGAUGCGCUUGGGUGGGAAGAACAACGGACCACUAAAUAGGUGAGUAGUAGGCGGAGGCUGGAGAGACAGAUCAAAAGAACAAGAUUCUGAGGUGGAAAGGAAUAAAGGUGACAAAAGGAAAGUGGAAGAGAUUUUUGAUUUUACGCAUCAAGUGUGCGUCAGGUCUACACCAUCUUCCCCUGGCACCUGCUCUCUACAUGUGAUAUUCCCCUGCCAGCCACAGGAUCGUCCACAGGAACAGCCUGUUUGGUAAAGAUGGAAGAUUAUUUGCGUCUCCUGUACCUGAAUCUGUCUGGGCGGCUGGGCCCCGGCUGGGAGGGAGAGGACCCUUGCGCAGACUCUGUGGGCAAUGUGACAUUUCUCGUGGUGGCCUACAGUGCCCUAAUAGCAGUGGGACUCAUUGGAAACUCUUGCCUUGUCUUUGUCAUUGCUCGCCAGAGAGAAAUGCGCAAUGUUACAAACAUUUUCAUCGCAAACCUUUCCUGCUCCGACAUCCUCAUGGCCUUGGUGUGUUUGCCAGUAACUGUUAUCUACACUUUAAUGAAUCGAUGGAUCCUGGGAGAGGCACUCUGCAAGGUGACAAACUUUGUGCAGUGCAUCUCAGUCACAGUCUCAGUGUUGUCCCUAGUGCUCAUUGCUUUGGAAAGGCACCAGCUUAUCAUUCACCCAACAGGUUGGAAGCCUCUACCCUGGCAUGCCUAUCUAGCAGUGGCAGUAACCUGGGCUGUGUCCUGUUUUAUCUCCUUGCCUUUCCUCUCCUUCACCAUUCUUACCAGACACCCAUUCCAGAAUCUUUCUCUUCCCUUUGACCCCUUCAUUGAUCAUUUUGUGUGCACAGACAGCUGGCCCUCUGAGAACCACCGCCUUGCCUACACCACUUGCCUAUUGCUCUUCCAGUACUGCCUCCCCCUGCUUCUCAUCCUGCUUUGCUACCUGCGUAUUUUCCUUAGACUUCGCAAGAGGAGAGAUGUGGUAGAGAGGGCAGGAGGCGGAGAUGCAGGAGGACGCAAGGGAGGCCAUCGUAGGGUCAAUGUCAUGCUGCUUUCCAUUGUUGUGGCCUUUGGGCUUUGCUGGCUGCCUCUAACUGUUUUCAAUGCUCUCUUCGACUGGGACCACGAGCAGAUUUCAGCCUGUUACCACAACCUCAUCUUCUCCCUAUGCCACUUGGCUGCAAUGGCAUCUACUUGCGUCAACCCAGUCAUGUAUGGCUUUCUCAACAGCAACUUCCAGAAGGAAGUGAAGACAAUUUUACUGCGUUGCCGCUGUGCUGGGGGUAGGGACCGAUAUGAGAGUUUCCCACUCUCUACUGUCAGCACUGAGGUGUCCAAAGCAUCCCUGCAGAGUGUCAUCACCAAUGGAAACAAUGUAUGAGCCAAAUGGGAGGACUGAUGAAGCUCGUGGAGUACCAGUACUGAGAAGAAAUCUACCUCCUCUUGUGAGGCCAAAUCUCAGUUCUCAAACCUGGCCAGAGUCAUAUAUAAUGCUGCAUUUAUUGAUUGGGUUCAUAUUCAGAGCCCCAACAGAAGAGUAACACUCUUGUAAACCCAUGCAAGGUCUACGUGGAUUAAUUGAAGUCAAUCAUACCACCAUGAUAACUUACUAUGGCUUAGCAACACGUGGAUUAAUAUAUUGAACCAACAUUCUGCUACUGCAAAAGACUAAAUGCCAUGAUGUUUCUUGUCUCUCUCCAUGCUCUAUUCUCUCAGACCAUUCUAGUUUUAAAGACCUAUAGACCUUGAACCCAAUCAUAUGUAUUGAUUCUAAAUAUAGCCUUUUAUGCCAAAUAUGUCAAAGUGACAUGUGUUAUGGGAGUUAAUAUAGAUUUGGCCAUUUCUUACUCGCAUAACAAUAAAGCAAAGUAACGUGAAUGUAAUUACAUAUGAUGCAGAUGUAGAUAUCAAACAAUGUUAUUUUCUUGUUGCUAAACCUUUAGUCAUUGCU